GCGGCCGAGGUCCGUCCCCCUCGAUCCGGGUAUCGCCGCCCCGGGGCGGCCCCGCCGCCGCCCCUUGUGCCGCGGCGGGAUUGCUGCGGGGCCGCCCGGGCACGACGCGCCGCCGCUCCCGGACCGCUCCGCUCCGCUCCGUUCCGGCCGUACGAGCGUGCAGAAAUGCCUCCCUUCGAAAAUAAAGGACUCAUACUGGGUGUUAUGGCAGGGACUGCUGGAUUGAGCCUCGUGCUGGUUUGGUACCACAAGAUCCGAAAACGUGGGGCAGCUCUGCGUGUACGUGCGUUCCAGGAUAUAGGUAACAGUCUGAAUUCUGUGGGCUUGCCAAAUGAGGCUCCUAAUGAGCAAGGAGCUGUGGUGGUUUUACAUGGGAGGCAACUGCAGAUACUAGAAAAACUGAACGGCCUGCUACUAAGUGUGGACGAACUGAAGAGAGAGGUGGAAUUUCUGAAAGAAGCUAUUCCAAAGCUUGAAGAGCUUGUUCGAAAUGAGCUUCAAGGGAAAGGUGAUAUUCAGAGAGUUAGCCCGUCACACAGAGCAACAAGGCGGAGAAAAGCUGAGACAGCUUCUGGUGCAAGAGAAACUACCAGCUCUGAGGAGGCGGACAGUGAAGGAGGUUAUCUUACAGCUCAUACUGAUUCUGAAGGAGACUCUGAGGAAGAAAAGAGAUGUAUGAAACCACCCGAUGCCAUGGUGAAAUCAGAAGAAGAAGAAGAGUUAUUUAAUUUUUUACAGCAGGUGGACAAUUUGCACAAGGGUUCAGACGAUGAUAAAAAGGAGGCCUUCAGACUGCUGCUUGAGAAAGAUAAUGAGUAUGAAAACUGUGUGGACUUCCUGUGGAGACUUGCACGUGCUUAUGGAGAUCUGUUUGAGAUGACUACUGAUGAUGAAGAGAAGAGGAAAUAUGUUAUUGAUGGAAAGAUUAAAGCUGAAAAGGCUGUUCAGCUGGAUGACAGGAGUGCUGAGAGUCACCAGUGGUUUGCAAUUAUGUGUGGCUAUAUGUCUCAGUUUGAAAGUGUACAAAACAAAAUCAGGAAUGGUUAUCUCUUUAAGGAGCACCUAGACAAGGCAAUUGAACUUAAGCCUCAAGAUCCCUUUUUAUAUUACCUCAAUGGAAGAUGGUGCUAUUCAGUAGCUCAGUUGUCUUGGAUUGAGAAGAAGGUAGCUACUGCUCUCUUUGGGACUCCACCAACUUCAACAGUAGAAGAAGCACUGCAGAAUUUCCUUAAGGCAGAAGAAAUGCGUCCAGGAUAUUCCAAAUGCAAUUAUGUGUAUUUGGCAAAGUGCUAUAAAGAUCUUGGCCAGAAAAACAAUGCACUGAAGUACUGUGAUUCUGCGCUGUCAAUUCUCUCAGUUACUAAUGAGGAUAAAGAAGCCCAGAAAGACUUAGAGGCUUUACUUCUCACUCUGAAGCUCUGAUACCACAUACUUUUUAACUCUUCAUACUGUAACAAAAUUGGAAAACUAAAAUGAGAAUCUACAGGAUCUGGAAACUGCGGGUGAAUUUCAGCUAAGUCAAUGGGAAGACAGUCAUUGAUUUUGGUUGGCCUGGAUCACAGCCUUUAAGCAUUUGGCGAUUAUGAUAUGAAAAUAAUACAUUGAUUUUUGGUUAUUUAUAAUCUUGUUCUGAAGUGUAAUUUUAGAUUGCUGACACUGUGAGUCUGAUUCUCUGAGCAUGAAGUCCACUGCUGGCAAUGGACAUACUGGGGGUUAGAACGCAAAAUGCAUAAAUCUCACUCUUUGAAAGAUUAAUCAACUAGUACGUGAUGCCAGCAUAGAACUGUAUGUAGCAUAAACAGUGUUUCCAUAGUAAAUUAUAUUUAUAUCAACUAAUUUACACAGAUGUGUACAGAAGAAAAUCAUGAAUAUUUAUGUUUACAUAUUUCUCUACUCUUAUAAAAUUAUAAUCUUGUUGAAGUUAAAGAAAGCUGUUGCCUCCACAAAGCUCUUUUUACUUUAAACCUACUGUCCAUUUUUCAUUGAAAUGGGAACAUUUUAUAAAUUAAAUAUUAAAGUUAUAAUUUAUUUGUAACAUCAAGUACAAUAUUAAAGAUCAGACCAAUGAAAUUAAGUGGUUUAGAUUAAU